CUAGCAGACAAGCCGCUGGAGAGCAGCACCAUUGCACGGCUGUACUCCUAACGCAAACGAGCAAUUCCUCGUGAGCGAUCGUCUGCGCGUCGCACCGACGUCGUUGGAGCACGCUACGAUACCGCCGUGCGUCUCCGGCCGCGCACAGCCGCACCCCACCCGAGACAGCGAUCCCACUCACGCCGCAAAGCGUGCGGUUGAGCAGCGAAAUUCGGACCGGGUCGCGUCGAUAGCGUACAAGCCACCUCCAUACCGCGCGCAAGUCUAACCAACCGCAGCCUCCGCGGGGCCGAGAGACCGUCAUGGCGUCAUACGACGAAGCCCUCCAAAAGAUGUACAGCGACCGCCUCACGCGCUUCUACCGGAACUACGACGAGGCCAAGGUCGCGAGCGUCCCAAGCCGUGCGGAAAUCAAAAUGAACCAGUGGCCCGCGCGAGCGCCGAGUGACGACUCGCGUCGAUGGCGUGUCAGCUCUACCAUCACGGGAAAGAGCUCCCGACGCGGCGCGGCGAUGGCGUGAAGCGGGGCCCGCGUCGCGUCGAUGGCGUUCGGGGUGGCCCGCGUCGACGCCUAGACGUCGUCGGCGUGAGGAUGACAGAGAGAUGGAGAGAGAGAAACCAGAACAGGAUGUUUCGAGAGACGUGGAUGACAGAGAGAAGGAGAGAGAGGGAGAUCAGAACAGCCAUAGAACUCCACGCCACACUCAGGUCCCGACGCUCCUCCAAAAGUACAAAGGCAAAGAAGAGCAGCUCCUCGCGGCCAUGGUCAAGAAGUACGGCCCCGAGCCCGAGCCCGAGGACGACGCCGCCGACGCGGCGGCGACGGACGAGGAGGACGACGAGCACCCGCGCGUCGCGCCGGGCAAGAACGCCGACGGCGCCGACGACGACGAGGAGCUGGCGCAGCCGGCGCCCGAGGAGCCGUUUGUGCGCGGCGUCCGUUGUUUCUUCGACGCGGCGCGGCGAUGGCGUGAAGCAGCCCGCGUCGACGCCUAGAUGUCGUCGCGGCGCGGCGAUGGCGUGAAGCCGGGCCCGCCUCGCGUCGACGGCGUCCGGGAUGGCUCGGGUAGGGUGAAGAGAGAUGGGAGGAGAGAGAGAGAGAGCGAUAAAAACGCGCAGGGAAUCCGACGGCGAGGACAAGGUCCCGAUCUACUGCCCCUUGAACGGCCUUCCGCCGGAGUACUGCGAGUACUACCCCGACUACGACAAGACGCGGCCCUGGAUCGCCGAGCACUGCCCCCAUUUACUAAAGGGCGAGGACGAGGCCGGCGACGUCGGCAAGAAGGGCAAGCGCGGCGGCGGCGUCAUCAAGAAGAAGACCAUCAGCGCCGACAAGCAGAAGGUCAUCAUCUCGAAGGAGGUGCGGAACAAGAAGAAGGCCGUGACGAGCGUCGAGGGCCUCGAGACCUUCUCCGUCAAGCUCAAGGACGCGGCCAAGGUCUUCGGGAAGAAGUUCGCGGCCUCGUCGUCGGUCAAGGAGAAGGACAGCGGCGGCCAGGAGAUCGUCAUCCAGGGCGACGUCAUCUGGGACCUGCCCGCGCUGCUCGAGAAGGAGUACAAGAUCCCGAAGUCCAAGAUCUUCGAGCGCGAGAAGGGCGGCAAGCUGUCGAAGGUGCGGUAAGGUUCUUUGAGUUAUCACGGUCGCGGCGAUGGCGUGGGGGUUCGGAAAAACACAAAUCCUC